GUUGUCAUUAAAUGCCAGUUCGUUUCUAAAUAUACACAUAUUUUUUGAUAUUAAUUAACUUUUGUACGGUUGUUACAAAUUAUAAAAGUAUCAAAUAAUAAUAACACCAAUCAAAUAAAGGUGCAUUGUCGAUUAAAAUUAGUGACGAUAUUUAACAGUGUAAACAGUUAAAUUUUUAAUUCGAUAUUUACAUUAGUGCUUUGUUAAAAUGGCCAAGAACUUAACUUUACGAACUAUUAAUGAGCUACGAGAUUCUGUUCAACGGAUUGAGGGUUUACCAACAUUGUCCUCAGAAGAACAGUAUGCUACAGAAGAACUUUGUGCUGCUAAAUAUGAAGAUCUACACAAAAAUAUUUUAGUAAAUAAGAACCUCCCAUUGUUAUUGAGAAAACAACACAUAGACUUUUUACUUCAAAACCUGAGUUACCUUCCUAGUUCAUACCAAAUUUUAGAUGCAAGCCGGUCAUGGAUGUGUUAUUGGAUUUUACAUGCAUUGUCACUGUUAGGGACAGAUGUAAACAAAGAAUUGAAAACAAAAAUAAUUUCCUUUUUAAGAAAAUGCCAACACCCAGAUGGUGGUUUUGGAGGUGGACCAGGACAACUCAGUCACUUGGCACCAACUUAUGCAGCUGUUAACGCCCUAGUUUUAUUGGGUACAGAAGAAGCUUAUAAAGUAAUUGAUAGGGUAAAAUUGAAGGAAUACUUAUUGAGAAUGCACCAACCUAAUGGGGCUUUUACCAUGCAUCAUGGAGGUGAGGAAGACAUUAGAGGAGCGUAUUGUGCAUUGUCAGUGGCAAGUCUAACAGGUAUAUUAAGUGAUGAUAUUUUUAAGAAUACCGCUGAAUGGAUAGUAAGUUGCCAAACAUAUGAAGGAGGUUUUGCGGGAUGUCCGGGAAUGGAGGCGCAUGGUGGUUACUCAUUCUGCGGACUGGCUGCGUUAAUUCUACUCCAAAAGGGCCAUUUAAUGGACAAAAACUCAUUUCUGAGGUGGCUUGUAAAUAGGCAAAUGAAAUUUGAAGGCGGCUUUCAAGGGAGAACUAAUAAAUUAGUUGAUGGUUGUUACUCCUUUUGGCAAGGAGGCGCGUUCUAUUUAAUAUAUUCCUUACUUGCUUAUGAUGACAACAGUCCAAAGUCGCAUUUAUUUGACGAGAGAGCUUUACAAGAAUACCUGUUAAUAUGUUGCCAGAACGUCCAUGGGGGUUUACUAGAUAAACCAGGCAAACCCAGAGAUCUCUAUCAUACCUGUUAUACUCUUAGUGGUUUAUCAGUUGCUCAACAUUUUCAAAAGGAAUGUCUCAUCUUAGGUCCUUUACAGAAUGAAGUGGCACUGAUACAUCCUCUUUACAACGUCAGACCCGAUUUAGUAAAAAAAGCUAUAUUAUAUUUUAAUUCAUUGAUUACCUGUACGGAUUCAGAGGGACUUAACACGACGUAAGAUUUACUUUUAUAACAAUCUCUUUAUAUCUAAUAAAUGAAACAUUAAUAGUU